UCUUACUUAGCGGUACUUACACUUGUCUCUCGAACAAUGUCCCAAACAUUCUCGGAUGCUGAAAUCGAAGAGGAACAAAAACAUUUCUCUAAUGUCAUCGCAACAUUCCAACAAUAUGCCCAAUACUCGCUAGCAGCUAAUAACAGGCGACGAAAAGACAUUUACACACUUUCUCAGGGUGACAAAGAUCUUCUCGAUGUCCUUGGGUACCGACAAAAACUUCAAGAAGUGGAUAGAGCCAUUCUGGCCAAUGCAGAAUUCUUGAAGCUGAUUGUAGCAAACCCCGAAAUCUUCGGCCAUGAUCUCGACUCUCCUAAAGAUGCAGAUGAGGACAAGGCUGGCUGCGGUACUUUGCACGAGCAUUCGCAUGGUGACGUGCAUUCACAUUCUCAUAGUCACCCGCACCCCCACAAUCACUCGCAUGACCAUUCGAAUGUCAGUCAGCAUCAGCGAAAGUAUAAACCUACGGACUUCGACAUGGACAAGUUGCGAAGCACCCUGAAGCAAUUUGUACGAGACUGGAGUCAGGAGGGAAAAGAAGAACGCGAAACGUGUUAUAUGCCAAUGAAAGACGCGCUGGUCGCGCAUUUCUCGGACAAACCAUCUCCGGAGUUAAGGAAAAAUAUCCGGGUGCUCGUUCCUGGUGCAGGUCUCGGCCGGUUGGCUUAUGAUGUUGCGAAUUUAGGGUUCGCCUGUCAGGGAAAUGAAUUUUCUCACUAUAUGCUUCUUGCAUCUUAUCUUAUUUUAAACAGGACUGACACAAUUGGACAAUACACCAUAUACCCUUACGUCCAUUCUUUCUCCAACCUUCCUGACCGCGACGCGAUGUUACACCCAGUGAAAAUACCUGAUGUCCUUCCCUCGGCCCUACCGGCUGGCUCGAAUUUUUCCUUAGUUGCGGGCGAUUUCGAGGAGAUUUAUGGAGCAGAAUACGAGGAAGGCGAUGUCGAACCACAGGCGGGGCAAUGGGACGCUGUUCUGACAUGUUUCUUCAUUGACACUGCAAAGAAUAUUGUCAACUACCUUCGUAUAAUCCACAGGAUAUUAGCACCUGGUGGAGUGUGGAUUAACAUGGGUCCGCUGCUUUGGCACUUUGAAAAUAAUGCAACCAAUGAUCCAUCUAUUGAACUUGAUCUCGAAGAAGUCAAAAUACUGGCUCGAAAAAUCGGCUUCGUGAUAUCCGAUGAGCGAAUGAUAGACACGACUUACACGAGUAAUUCCCGGUCUAUGCUGGGAUACGUUUAUAAAACUGCUUUCUGGACGGCGACGAAAGCUUAACGAUAGAUGCACCACGAGCUUCGUGCAGCCUUAUGUGUGGCAGGUAAAAUGGUAGUUGAUGUCGGGUUCAGAUGAAUUGUGCAAGAUACGUGCGUGUAUCCGUUGUCCGCCCAUCUCUAGUAUCAGCAAUCACAUCGUAGCUCUUAAUAUGCUCUGAGAUUAGGUAUUUCUGCGCACUCAUCACGAGGCUCACCCCGGUAGUCUCAGGUAAGCAAAACAAGUUGAAUAGCCAUCCUAGCAGAUUCAGC